AUGUGGGAUGGUCUUGAUCCAGAGCACAAAAGUGUAUACAAAAAGAAAACUGAAACUGCCAAAAAGGAAUACCUUAAGCAGCUUGCUGCUUACAAAGCCAGUCUGGUGUCACAGACACCUGCAGAUGACAAUAAUAUCGGCUCUGACAAGUCUCACUCCCGGUUAAUAAAUGCCAAGGAGGCAUUGAAUGUAAACACUACUGCUGCCGCUGCCAACGCUGCUGCUGCUGCCGCUGCCGCCGCCGCCACCGCUGCCCCAAUGAACAAGGUGAAUUCAAUGAACACCUUCAACCAAAUGACUCCAAUGCACCCAGAAUCCCCACCUUUACAGCAAAUCCCAUACUCGUCUCCUCAGCAGAUCCCACCCCAAAACGUGGUGUCAAGGGUCACAGUUGCAUCCCCUGUACACAACAGCUUACAGCAGACCAUUGUCAAUCAGGCUGGGCCCCGAGGCAUGUGCAAUGCUGGUCCCGGUAUGUGUGUCCGUAAUGGCUGUCAAAACAAUGCUAUUGAUAACCCUGGCUGGGACAGUGAAUAUUGUAGCAAUGAAUGCGUCGUCAGCCAUUGUCGAGUCGGCUUGUGCAGUCAAACGGUCCAAAUUGGACGACCCUGCUGUCUCAGUGUCAAACAACAAAGAGAUGUUUUCACUGGAUGGGUUGCCACACGACAAGCAACAAACUCAUUCCCUGUCAAGUAA